UAAGAAAUCAUCUUGAAGGUGGCAACUAGGCUGCCAGAGAGGAGCCGGGAACUUUUAUUUUCUUUAGGUUGUUAUUCCGCUGCUGAACACCUUUGAGGUACCGGUUUUCCCGGUUGACUGGCCUGCUUGUAAAGAUGCCGGGACUACAUUUCCCGGCGUGCCCUGUCCUUUUCCUUGCUCCGUGCCGCUAGUUUUCCCAGCGUCCCUUUAUUACUUCCGGGUUCUGGAGUGCCGCUAGAAAGUGAAGGAACGGUGUCCAGGUCUGCAGCAUUCUUGGGGUCGGAAGGAUUAGAGACGGCGACGUUCCCGAAGUGUCACGGGACUCUGCUGCCGGUUGUGUGGCGCCGUCCUCCCGCGCCUGCUCCGAGUGAUUCCCCGGCGCUCCCGCCAUGGCCGAGGUGAUUCAGAAAAGGCUUCAGGGGGAACUGGAGAAGUACCAGCAGCUACAAAAGGACUUGAGUAAGUCCAUGUCUAGCCGACAGAAGCUAGAGGCGCAGUUGACAGAAAAUAACAUUGUGAAAGAGGAGUUAGCUUUAUUGGAUGGAUCCAAUGUGGUGUUUAAGCUUCUGGGCCCAGUGUUGGUCAAACAGGAACUGGGGGAGGCUCGAGCUACUGUGGGCAAGAGACUGGACUAUAUCACAGCAGAGAUUAAACGAUAUGAAUCUCAGCUCCGAGACCUGGAAAAACAGUCUGAAAAACAACGUGAAGCCCUGGCUCAGUUGCAGCAGGAAUUCCAGCGGGCCCAGGCUGCCAAGGCAGGGUCUGUGGGAAAGGCUUGAUCUUUGGUUGGUGAGGAUAUAGAGAAGGAAAAGACUGUGGCAAAUAAAAUGUGAAAAUACCUGA